AUACUUAAGAAUAACAUUAAAUGUCACCCUUUUGGAAAAUCUUUGCUCUUUAUUUUCUGACAAAUACACAAUAUAUUUGUUGUGAAUAUGUAAUGGAUUAUGCUGGAUGUAUUCACAAACAAGAAUUUUACAAUCUAAAUAACUCUACUUAUUUCAUUGGGGGCAUUGUUCCUGCACAUAGAACUAAGGAUAGACAAACUAUUCUUAACUACCCAGGUAUAUAUUGGGCAUCAACUAUUGCACAUACUAUUAGAGAAAUAAAUAUGAACAAAGAGCUUUUACCUCAUAUUCAAUUAGGCUACGACAUACGGGAUUCAAAUAAUCUAGUACACUGUUCUGAAGCACAUGCAUUAGAUUUUUUGUUAGACAAAUCCUGGAAUUCAACACUAUUAGGUGUGGUUGGUCCUGCAUCAAGUUCUCUUAGUGCAGCAGUGAGUGCAAUAUUUCUUCCUGAUUUUAUUCCAGUAGUAUCUUAUUCAUCAACUAGCACAGAGUUAUCUGUACGUUUUAAAUAUCGUAAUUUUUUACGCACUGCUCCAACUGAUGCAUUUCAAGCAUUAGCUAUUAUUGAUUUGUUAAAACAUUUUGGAUGGACUUAUGUAUCAUUGCUUGCAUCAAGUGAUGGAUAUGGUUAUUUUGGGAAACAAGAGAUAAAAAAAAUUGCAAAAGAAAAAAAUAUAUGUUUUUCAGUUGAUGAAAUUUUUGAAGAAGAUAUUGGUAAAGUUGAACUUAAAAGAGUUGUGGGGCUACUAAAGCAGCUAAAUGAAGUAGACAAGGUUGUGAUCUUGUGGUGUAGUGUUGACGAUGCUAUAAAAAUUAUUAACAAAACAAUGAAGUAUGGGUUGGAAAAUAUUACUUGGAUAGGUACUGAACAGUGGGCAUCAAGUUCUGAAAUUAUUCAAUUGUCAAAUAACAAUUUAUCUCAUAACAUAUUUUUGCUUCGACUCCAACACGAAAAUAUAUAUAAUCUAGAGGAAGAUAUAUGGAAUGAAAAAAAGUCAAGUGAUAUUAACUGUCAAAAUCCAUGGUAUCAUGAAUUUUUGUCUUCAAAUUCAAUAACUGACUGUCAAUUUUCAGGUAGUGUUGUUAAGAAAUUGCCUAAUAAAAAGCAGGCUCAAGUUGUUGCAGCAGUGUACGCAUUAGCACGUGGCCUUCAUUUUUAUUUGAAUUGCACGAAUACUGAAUGUUUAGAAAAGCCUGGUAAAUUAGAUUAUGAGGCUUUAUACAAGCAAGUUUUAAAAACAAAGUUUAAUGUACCAAAAAGCAAUUUUUCUAUAGAGUUUAAUGAAUUUGGUGAAAUUGUAUCACCAGUCUAUGAGUUUGCGAAAGUCAUAAACAAUUCUUUUAAGAAAUUUGGAAGCUGGAAUGUUAAUUUGACAAGUAUUGACAAUCCUCUGAUUGACUGGUCUAACAAUCGCAUCCCACUAGCUGUUUGUGGAAUUGACUGCCAGCCCGGUAAAUACAGAAUUAAUUCUUCAAGAUGUUGUUGGAUAUGCGAAAUAUGUCCAAUAAAUACUGUCUCUAGUGGUGUAAAUCAGUAUUCAUGUGUACAGUGCUCUGCAACAUCCAUUAUGAAUAAAAAUCGAACCAGAUGUAUUGAUCUUUUGGAAAUACGAUUGCAUAUCAAAAAUUCUUUAGGUUUAUUUAUUUCGAUUGGGUCAGCCUUUGGCGUGAUUUGUUCGUUAUUUGUGUUGGUUUUAUUUAUUAUUUAUUGGGACACCCCUCUUGUAAAAUCUUCCAACAGAGAAAUGUCUGCAAUCCAACUUAUAUCCAUUAUUGCAUUGUUUUGUUUGUCUUUCUUUUAUUAUUUUGAACUAACUCCUAGACUCUGCAUGAUUAGAACACUGUAUUUUGGUUUUUUCUUUACCACAGUUGUGGCCUUAGUUUGUCUCAAAACUUAUCGCUUACUUCGUGUUUUUAAUGGUAGGUUUACUAAAGUAUCUCGAUUUUUAGAAAACAAGUAUCAGAUUAUAUUUUCCUUCUUGAUAGUUUUAUUACAAAGCUUAGCUUCGUUUUUGUGGUUUAUCUAUUUUCCAGAAAAAAUUGUCAUCACUACUUACCCUAAAGAACUAAAGUUUUGUCGCUCGUGUGGCCACGAAGCAUUUUGGGGAAUUUUUAUUUAUAUCUUUAUUUUUGUUAUUUUAAAUGGUUACAUGGCUUUUCGAGCACGCAAACUUCCGGAAAACUUUAAUGAAGCUCAACGUAUUGCUUAUGCAAUGUUUACUGUAUUUAUUUUGUGGCUUACUUACAUACCGCUUUAUGUCAGUCUUGGACCCAACGAGAGAAACAUUGCAUUUCUUUGCAUAAAUUUAGCCGUUUCGUUUAGCUCACUGCUUAUUUUGUACUGGACCAAAGUUAUUAUAAUUUUAUUUCAUCCAAAUUUGAACAGUCGUCAAAGUUUUCGUAAUGCUGCAGAAAAAAGUGUCAUGCGUAACUUUUUGAAAGACGUCAAGCCUUUAGAAGGUUCUCCUGGAAAUAGUACGGUAACAUUUAAUGAUCAACUAUUUCAACCUCGCAAGUUUUCUUUGCCUUGCUUCGAUUCUACUGAUUAUAACAAUUUAAAAGAAGGAUUUCCUUUACGUAGAUCUUUCUCUCAAACCAGUACUAAUCAUUUAGACUAUGAUACGUUUCCGGUAACUAUUGUAAAUAAUUCGUCAAAAGAAAUGAAUAGUUACAAAGAUGAACGAGUAAAAAAAUCACCUUCUCAACCUCUUUUGAGAGAAGACUCUAGAGAGCAACUGUCACGACCAAAGUCACAGCUGUUUUUUAAUAAGGGCAUGAUGAGUGCUGCUGCUUCUUUACAUAGCCUAAGCUCUUUUCUAACUGCGCAAAAUCCAGAUGAUAAGGAGGAAUCUAAAGGAUUGUUAAAUGAGUCUCAAAUGUAAAUUGUUUUUGUUUUUUAUUUAUAUCUAACAUUUUUAAAACAAAGAUAGCUUUAAACUUAAUUUAUUUAUAUUAUUAGAACUUCUUUUUAAUUGAAUAUACUUUGUGCUAGAAAAAAGACAACUGCGUGUUGUAACUUAUAUAUGUUAAAUAAAGCUUCUUAAAUAAAGCUUCUUGUUUCCUGUAACUUAUGUAAUUUUCGAUUUGAUGUAAAUAUAAACUAUUUUUAUAAUCUUUGUUUUUAGACAUUAACUUAUUUUUUAUAUAUAUCUCGUUUUACUUUUGUAUUUCUUUAUAGUUCUGAACUCUAAAAAUGUAACGUAAGAAAUUAAAAAUACCAUAAGGAAAUAACUUCAUAAAAUAUUUACCAGCCACUUAUUCAACAUUUUCAUAUUUUUAUUCGAUAUGGCGUAUGCAUUGUGUUUUUAUUCUCUUCAUUUUUGUAAAUUUUAAAAUGGCCAUUUUUUGUUUAAUAAAAAUAAAAAAUAAAAUAAAAUAGUGAAUAAA